GUAUGAAAGAAAUUACAGUAGAAAAUCCCAAGUAAAAGUUAGAGUUCAGACCCCCGAGUGAUAACGAAGUGGUAAAUAGUUAUAAAAGGCAAAAUGCUUUUAUCUUUAGUAUUGUUGUUCAGCCAGUCCAUUUGAACUUCAUCAUAAUGCGAUUUCUUGCAAUUUUAAUUGGCGUUUUAAGUGUUCACUGUACCUUCGGUACGCAGUGUCAGAAACCGACUAAAGAAAGCAGCGACGAUUGUAUGAAAAUUAUUCAUCCGACACAUGGCGAAUUAUUGGGAAAUGUGCCCUACAUGCCUCAACAAUGUUUGGAAGGUAUAGCGACUCUUCUCAAAGAUGUUCGUCGGCAAAUUGAAGGGCGACGUUCCUCUAACCCUCAGUGUAUGAAGGACUUACUAAAUCGUCUUGAUGAUAUAUCGAAUGGCCAUUUGAGGAAAAUAAUAAGCGUUGAUAGCAGCGUUAAGCAGAGCUUUAUUGGCGUUUAUACGGCCUUGGGUAAUGCUAUUGUAGGUGCGCAACAAUGCGUGGACAAACCUCACGCCUCGUGCGAGGAAAUUCAGUUGUGUUGCUCCGACGUUAAGAGUAAGCUGUAUACUCAAAGAAAUGUGAAUUUGGAGAACAUCAGCGAUUUCCUAAUAGAAUUUAAAACUCAGUUCGGUAAAGUAUGCGACUCGGUUACGAACAGUAUUCGCGAUUUGCAAAGAGAUGUUAAUUCUACGACCUCCUGCUGAGGCUUUGUUUAUAUAAUUGUUGUAAUUUUUUAUUUGGGUUUUUUUAUUACUCGUGUGAUACUUAUGAAUAUAAAAUGGAUUUUAUUUGUAUAGUUACAUUUUCCACGGUCUAAGAAAACAAUUGGACCAUUGGAGGGCAAGGGGUAUAGAAUUAAAAAUUCUGCCUGCUUUCCUACAUUUAAAUCUAGACAGCUAAAGUUUGAAAGAGAAAAACCUCCUCCAAGUGAUAUUGUAACCGGUUGGCAAAAAAAUUCUUAUUGCUUUGAAAUCUGCUUAUUGUCUAAGAGCUGGCUACGGAAAAAAGUGACUUAUCGCUACAUGGCCGUUUUUUUUGUAAAGUAUCCUGAUACAUAGUGAAGUAGAAAAAGUCAUGUCUGCCAGUGAGAUCCCGUGGCUUAAGGUUGGGAGGGGCAGUCAAAUAUGUCAAAUUUUAAUAAAACUGAGGCCUAUCUUCCGAAUAUAUUUACCUCUGGCACCUUUAUUUUGAAUCUGACGCAUCAAAUGGUUAAUUUAACGUCUAGGUAAAGGAAACCUCCUCUUUAUAACAUAACAUUCAAAAAAAGCUUUCGGAUUUAUAAAGAAUUAUACUUCUUCUUGGUAAAUCGGCAAGGACACUUAAGUAUAUCAAAGAGUACCCAUACUCUUUGCUUAUAUGACUAUAAAUGUGAACUAUUAAAAUAUUUUACCUUUUUAAAAUAAUUUAAAUAUAUUAAAUUCGAAGAAACGGAAUAGUGCAAUACAGAAAAAGCUAAAAAUCUAUUAUAAAUAAAAUGUAAAUUGCAGGCCUUUUUUCGAAAUUUUUAAAAAUAAGUUAGAUACCCAUCCGUAAAAAACGAACUGGCAAAUUUUUUGAUAAUUUUAUAUGUCAAAACAUAGAAGUUCAUGCGUUAACGUUCUAUGCAUGUGUAAGUUUUAUAUUACCCUUCAAUCCUUAAAGAAUGCUCUACAAAAUGCAUGUACAAUAUGAAAUUUUAAAUGUUAGCGGUAUUAUUCUCAAUCAGAAAUGAGCGCCCUGAAAUUAAAUUAACCAGCAAUAUACAAAUUAUGUUUAUGCUGUAGUUAUUUUGGCGAGAAAACAUUUUAAAUUUCACUGUUAUUAAUAUUUUGUGAAAUACAACGCUUUUACUUAAUUUAUGAACGAUGGCUUCAGUGAAAUUGCCAUAUUAAACUUACAAAGUGCACGUUUGCGUGGUAACUACAUAAUAAGAUGCAUUAAAUCAAGGAAGCGCUCGUAAGGUACGCAUAAUUUUGCAUAAGUUAUCUGGAUGUUUUGGUGAAUGUACCAAUUAUCUUUGAACUAAAUCACAACUAAUCAAGAGGGGGUCCGUCGUAUAAGUAACCACAAAUUAAGCACGGUGGUAGUUGUACUUGUAGCAGCAUAAAAAAACUAUGAAGGGUUUAAUUGUGGUAUGUAUUCCAUGAUGCGCGGAUGGCCACCUUUGAAUCGAUAUUUCAGGUUACGCUGUCGUUAGUAGCUGUGGCUAAGUGCCGGCCAGAUGUAUCCCUUGCAAUCCCUUCAGGUGCUUACCUUCCGAUCGGACAAAGUCAUGCCGACUACUCUUCCAGUUUUCCAUCUGGAGUUUAUGGUGCCCCAAUAUCUGAAGAUCAAAGGCAUGUCUACUUUUAUGCGGGUGGCGAAGAUCUAUAUUCCAGGCUGAAAAUAAACAUCGUGCCCACUUCCCAUAAAAAUACCAAAAUAAUCUUCGUCAAAGCACCAAGUCAUCAAGUAGUACCCGAAGUUAUCGCGCCACCUUCGCUUACAGAAGACAAAACUUUGGUCUACGUACUGGUCAAAAAACCGCAAGAUGGAUCUAUUACCAUUCCAAGCGGUGUCGGUAUUAAACAAACGAAACCGGAAGUGUUCUUCAUCAAGUACAACAGCAAGCACGACGCGGCGUCACAAGUAACAGCCGGCGCGCAUGGACAACAGGUAGGGUCCAGUGUUCCAGAUGUGGGAAGCGAAGGUGCAUUCGUUAAUACAUUGAGGGGCGCCGAUGCUGGAGGUUACGGUGGUAACCACGGACAACCGGGAGCUAGUGGGCCAUAUUAAAUACAUCAGAAGCAAAUGAAUUCACUUCAUUUUAUUUUACUAUCUGAAUCUUCUCUUCUAGUCCAUGUUAGUUAAUUAAUAAAUGUUUACGUAGCUGCAAGAGCCAUAAUUUUGACCCUCACCAUUACAGA